CAUGGAGAAAUUUGAUACUCAUACCAGGUGGAACAUCACAGUAGCUAAUGGCAUAUAGUAUAAAUUUUCAUGCAAUUACUCAUCCUUAGGCAUAUAACCCCAUACAAAAACCUCCACGAGUCUCAAACACCGAACUCUAUUUUGUCCUUCAAUGGAAGAACACACCUCUAAGCAUCCCCUUCUUUCACCUGGUAGAGAAAACCCUCAAAUCGCCGAACAAACUAGUGAUUAUCUUAUUAGAUUGUCACAUACUUCUUUUGCUUCUUCCUUUGUUGCUGAUGCAGAUGAUAUUCCUCCCAUCACUGGAAUCCAAGAUUUCUUUAGAGAGUUUACAAUUGAAUCUAGAAAAUUAUGGUACCUUGCUGGUCCAGCUAUUUUCACUUCACUUUGUCAGUAUUCUCUUGGUGCUGUCACUCAAACAUUUGCUGGACAUGUUGGCACUCUUGAGCUUGCUGCUGUUUCUGUUGAAAACUCAGUUAUUGCCGGUUUCUCUUUUGGUGUCAUGUUGGGAAUGGGAAGUGCGUUAGAAACACUAUGUGGACAAGCAUUUGGAGCAGGUCAAAUUGACAUGCUAGGAGUAUACAUGCAAAGGUCAUGGGUUAUUCUCAAUUCAACAGCAGCACUUCUGAUGUUACUUUACAUUUUCGCGGACCAAUUUCUGAGAUUAAUUGGGCAAACAGAGGACAUAUCACGGGAAGCAGGGAAAAUGGCUUUGUAUAUGAUUCCUCAAUUAUUUGCAUAUGCCAUGAAUUUUCCAAUAGCUAAGUUCUUGCAGGCACAGAGUAAGAUUAUGGUGAUGGCAUGGAUAGCAGCAAUAGCUUUGGUUCUGCAUACAUUUUUUAGCUGGUUGUUUAUGUUGAAGUUAGGGUGGGGGCUCGUGGGCGCGGCAGUGGUGCUGAACUCAUCGUGGUGGUUCAUAGUGGUGGCGCAAAUGCUAUAUAUUUUUAGUGGGACUUGUGGAGAAGCAUGGUCAGGGUUCUCAUGGAUGGCUUUCCUUAAUCUAUGGGGAUUUGUUAGGUUAUCUCUUGCCUCCGCUGUCAUGCUAUGCUUGGAGACUUGGUACUUUAUGGCAUUGGUCCUGUUCGCUGGCUAUUUAAAGAACGCAGAAGUGGCUGUUGAUGCCUUGUCCAUUUGCAUGAACAUACUGGGAUGGGCAGUGAUGGCAGCUAUUGGAUGCAAUGCAGCUAUAAGCGUGCGAGUGUCAAAUGAACUCGGGGCAGCUCAUCCAAGAACGGCGAAAUUUUCGGUGGUGGUCGUCGUGUUUUCUUCAUUCUUGAUCGGCCUUCUCUUAUCAGUCUUUUUACUAGUUUUUCGAAGCCAAUACCCCAACUUAUUCGCAGAGAGUGAAUCAGUAAAGCGUCUUGUUUAUGAUCUCACACCAUUAUUAGCAUUUUGCAUAGUGGUUAACAAUAUUCAACCAGCUCUAUCUGGUGUGGCUAUUGGAGCAGGAUGGCAAGCUUUGGUUGCUUAUGUCAAUAUUGCUUGUUACUAUUUGUUUGGCAUUCCAUUGGGUUUAUUACUAGGCUACAAGCUCAACAUGGGUGUCCAAGGUAUUUGGUACGGAAUGGUUAGCGGAACUGUGAUUCAGACAUUUGCCCUGUUUUGGAUAGUUCACAAAACCAAUUGGAACAAGGAGGCUUCUAUUGCAGCAGAGAGGAUAAAAAUGUGGGGAGGGGAACCAGAUGGUAAAGCAAAUGAUGCAGAGAAAUAAACUCCGAUUUGGAGUCAUUGUAUUAAGUCCAUCAAUUGUAUGUGAUGAAAUUUUGGAAAUUUGAGUUGCAUUUGUACUGUUCAAUGUAACGUUGCUCAAUAGUGUUAAGCAUUGUAAGGUACUUUUGCCAAAUUUAUUCUUAGCUCGGCAUCUAAAAUUAAAGCCCUUAUAAAGUUCUAGCA